AUGUCCUUCUCCAGCCUCGUACAGGACCUUUCAAUCCGGUCAGCCGAAGCCCGCAACAACCGCGAAGACGCUUCGAUGACAUCCGCCGCUUCUACGAUGGAUGGCAUGGCUUCCCGGACAUCCCACAUCUCUCGCGCCAUGUCCUACACCAGCACCGCUGCGACGAGCGUCAGCAUCUCCGGAGACAUUUCCAGCCAGCUUCACGGCGGCUAUAGCCAUGCCCUUGCGCGCUCGUGGCAAGCAGAGCGGCAGCUCACAAAGUCUAUGCUCAUCUACCCGCUUUUCGUUUCCGACCAAGAUGACGAAGAAGUCCUCAUCCCAUCUCUUCCAAACCAGUGCCGCCGCGGUAUCAACAAGCUGAUCCCUUUCCUUGAGCCACUGGUCCAUAAGGGCCUCCGUGCCGUUAUGCUGUUCGGUGUUCCUCUCAACCCCGGAACCAAGGACGCCCUUGGCACCGCCGCAGACGACCCCAAGGGCCCCGUCAUCAGCAGCAUUCGACUUCUUCGACAGCGAUUUCCCCAAUUAUACAUUACAGCAGACGUCUGUCUCUGCGAGUACACCUCUCAUGGCCACUGCGGCAUCCUGCGGGAUGACGGCAGUCUCAACAACCAACUUUCUGUGGACCGCAUCUCCGACGUCGCAAUCGCUUACGCCCAGGCAGGCGCCCAUUGCGUAGCGCCCUCCGAUAUGAACGACGGCCGUAUUCGCGCUAUCAAGCUCAAGCUGAUUGAAGAGGGAAUUGCACACAAGACACUGUUGAUGUCCUACGCUGCCAAGUUCUCUGGCUGUCUAUACGGUCCCUUCCGUGACGCGGCUGGGUCAUGCCCUUCCUUUGGCGACCGGAAAUGCUACCAACUGCCGCCUGGAGGCCGCGGCCUAGCCCGACGUGCCAUCGUGCGUGACAUUGGCGAGGGUGCCGAUGUGAUUAUGGUCAAGCCUGCCAGCCAGUACCUGGACAUCAUUUCCGAUGCGAAGGAGCUCGGCAAAGACCUGCCUAUCGCCGCUUACCAAGUCAGCGGCGAGUUCGCCAUGAUUCAUGCAGCAGCAAAGGCUGGUGUUUUCGACCUCAAAACAAUGGCUUUCGAAUCGACCGAGGGCAUCUUGAGAGCAGGAGCGACCAUUGUUAUCAGCUACUUCACACCGGAGUUUUUGGACUGGCUGUCCACCUAA